AUGGCUGUUUUUAAGUCUUGUUUGUGGGUUCCUGGACUUCGUUUUUGUUUGCCGAAGCACUUGUGGGCCUUUAUUUUUUGGGAUAGAUUGGAGUCUGAUCAUGUCUUGUACACAAAUGGGCAGCAUUAUCUAUGCAACUAUCUUGUGGUGCUUCUACGUUGUUUACAAGUUAUGACAGCUGCUAAAGGGUUUUAUUAUCAGCCCAACUAUUUGUUCAGAUGUGGCAAUUUUCUUGACUUGAGAAUGGAGUUUUUUCCAGUGUUAUUGUUUUCAGUUCAUUAUACUAGGGCCUGUUUGGAAUUAUUUUCAUAG